AUGACUGAUAAAUAUAUUUUAGACCAAGGUUAUGGUUAUGGAUUUGCUUUGGGUAUCGGAGCUGCCUUUGCGCUUUUAAUGGUGUCAAUCUCUAAGCUAUUGUCAAUUUAUGCUGGUGAGGUACAAUCAUCUGAAAGAUUUUCAACGGCAUCUCGUUCAGUUAAAUCUGGUUUAAUUGCUAGUUCAACAGUUUCCGCAUGGACUUGGCCAGCAACUCUAUUGAGUUCUGGAGCGUGGGCAUACAAUACUGGAAUCAUGGGUGGUUUUACCUAUGGAAUUGGAGGUACUACUCAGGUCUUAUUAUUUGCAUUUUUGGCAAUUCAAAUUAAAAAGAACUCUCCCGGCUGUCAUACUGUUGCACAAUUGAUUCAAGUGAGAUUCGGUAAAGCUGGACAUUGGGUUUAUCUAUGCUAUUGUGUAGCUACCAAUGUUUUAAUCUCAUCCUUAUUACUUUUGGGUGGAUCUCAGGGAUUUUCAGAAACAACUGGUAUGCACAUAAUAGCGGCAUCUUUCCUCUUACCGUUGGGUGUCGUUUGCUAUACACUUUUUGGUGGACUUAAGGCAACGUUCAUUUCUGACUGGAUCCAUACUGUGAUAAUUUAUGGAAUCAUCUGUGCAGCAGCUUUCGUAAUUUAUGGUAGCUCAUCGCUUAUUGGUUCUCCUAGUAAAAUGUAUGAUUUAUUAAUCGAGGCUGAUGAGUUGUUCCCAAGUUCUGGUGGUAACAGUUACCUAAGUUUCUUUAAUAAGCAGCAAAUUUUACUCACUUGGACUGUUACUGUAGGUGGUCUUAGUUCUGUUUUUGGAGAUCCUGGUUAUUCUCAAAGAGCAAUUGCUUCAGAUGCAAAGAGUGUUUUUUCAGGCUAUGUUCUUGGUGGUGCAUGCUGGCUAGUCAUUCCCUGGGCCUUGGGAACUUCUGCAGGUUUAGCUUGUUUGGCUUUGUUAAACAACCCUGCAUCUUUCACCUAUCCAAAUGCACUUACCGCAGCAGAAGUCGAUGCUGGUAUGCCGGUAAUUUAUGGAUUGGCGGCAAUCUUUGGAAAAUCAGGAGCUGCAGCUGGUUUAGUGAUGCUUUUCAUGAGUGUAACUUCAGCUACUUCGGCAGAAUUAAUUGCGUUUUCUUCAAUUUUUACGUACGACGUUUAUCAGACCUACGUGAAACCAGAUGCCUCUGGUAAAAGAUUAGUUACCAUCGCCCACGGAUCAGUUGUCUUUUUUGGUUUAUUCAUGGCAUGUUUGGCUGUAGUAUUUAAUUACGUUGGGGUGACAGUAGGAUGGCUUUUAAGUUUCCUAGGAAUUAUUCUUUCUCCAGAAGUAAGUGCCAUAACCUUAGCAAUAUUUUGGAAGAAAAUGUCCAAAGAGAGUCUUAUUAUUGGAGCACCCUUGGGUACAUUGACUGGAAUCGCAUGCUGGAUUGGUGCAACAUAUGCAUACAAUGAUGGAGUCGUCAAUAGGACUACAGUUAUGGCAAAUGAAGCUACAGUGAUUGGAAAUUUCACCUCGUUAUUCAGUUCCCUUUUCUACUAUAUCGUGAUUUCAUACAUUAAACCGGCAGAUUUUGACUUUAAAACAUUUGAAACUUCAUUCCACGCCGGAGAUGAUGCAGAUGAAAAGGAGCAAGCAGCCAUGACAACCAAGAAAGAGGAUGCUGGCAUUUUGAAGAAACAAUCGAUAAUCACUGCAGUUUUGAACAUAAUAUUAGUAAUUGGUGCUUACGUAAUUGUUCCAUGCGCAUAUUAUGGCUCGAGAUAUGUAUUUUCGAAAGCGUACUUUACAUCGUGGAUUGUCAUUAUGUUAAUAUGGCUACUUGUUGCGGCUACGUAUAUAGUUGUUUUCCCAUUAUGGCAAGGGCGCCAUUCUAUAUACGCAAUUGUCUCUCAUGCUACGUCGUUAAUUGGAAAAACAAAGUCGGAAAGCACAUCCGACGCUUCCAGUUCAAAUUCCACUGGCGUGGAAGAAGUUGACCUCUUGUCGGAACCUAAAGUUUAA